AAAACAAACCUUGAGCACGAGGACUGGAUGGCGGAUCUUGAUCCGCCGACCAGGUCGACUCGGCCGACUCCCGAGGCGGCGCGAGACGCCGACCAUUAACCGAACCGAAGCAAAGGCAAAAGAUAUUUUUCUAUCUUCUUGGAGGGCAUCUUCGAGGCAAAAUAAAAACAGUAGAGGGUUGCUCCCUGCGGAGCCUCAGCGAUGACGCCGAGAAAGUUGGAGGAGCGAGCGUCCCAUCGAUCCGAUCUGCUAGACAGAAGGAGAGAGAUGAGCGGCGGCGGAGGGGAGGAGGCGAGCGGCGGGUCGGAGGGGACGUCUUCGGGGACGUCGUCGGCGGCGUCGACGGAGAAGCAGAGGGAGAAGGCGAGGGUGAGCCGGACGUCGCUGAUCUUGUGGCACACCCACCAGAACGACGCGUCGGCGGUGCGGAAGCUCCUGGAGGAGGACCCGGGACUCGUCAACGCCCGCGACUACGACAACCGCACCCCGCUCCACGUCGCCUCCAUCCACGGCUGGAUCGACGUCGCCAAGUGCCUCCUCGAGUACGGGGCCGACGUCAAUGCCCAGGAUCGAUGGAAGAACACGCCAUUGGCUGAUGCUGAAGGAGCUAAGAAGCACAACAUGAUUGAGUUGUUAAAAUCAUAUGGCGGCUUAUCUUUUGGACAAAAUGGCAGUCAUUUUGAACCAAAACCUGUUCCACCUCCUCUUCCGAACAAGUGUGACUGGGAAAUAGAGCCCUCUGAGUUGGAUUUCUCGGCUUCAACCAUAAUUGGGAAGGGUUCAUUUGGCGAAAUUUUAAAAGCUUAUUGGCGUGGAACACCAGUGGCAGUCAAACGGAUUCUUCCAUCUCUAUCAGAAGAUAGAUUGGUGAUCCAAGAUUUCAGGCAUGAGGUUAAUUUGCUAGUGAAGUUGCGCCAUCCCAAUAUUGUCCAGUUCCUUGGAGCAGUCACUGAAAGGAAACCUUUGAUGCUAAUAACGGAGUAUCUACGAGGGGGUGAUCUUCAUCAGUUCUUGAAAGAAAAGGGCUCACUUACUCCAUUGACCGCUGUUAAUUUUGCGCUAGAUAUUGCCAGGGGCAUGGCAUAUCUUCAUAGUGAGCCAAAUGUUAUAAUUCACCGAGAUUUAAAACCGAGGAAUGUCCUUUUGGUGAACUCCAAUGCAGACCAUCUGAAGGUCGGAGAUUUUGGACUAAGUAAGCUGAUAAGAGUCCAGAACUCUCAUGACAUGUACAAGAUGACUGGAGAAACUGGAAGCUAUCGAUAUAUGGCUCCUGAAGUAUUCAAGCACAGGAAAUAUGACAAGAAAGUCGAUGUUUUCUCUUUUGCUAUGAUAUUAUAUGAGAUGCUUGAAGGAGAUCCCCCAUUCUCAAACUAUGAAGCAUAUGAAGGUGCAAAAUAUGCGGCUGACGGACACCGGCCAACAUUUCGAGCAAAAGGAUAUGUUCAAGAAUUGAAAGAGUUGACAAGCCAGUGUUGGUCUGCUGAUAUGAACCAGAGGCCCUCUUUUCUAGAGAUACUCAAGAGGCUUGAAAAAAUCAAGGAGAUCUUACCGCAAGAGCAUCACUGGCACAUUUUGUAACCUGGCUUCUUACCCUGUAGAUUAUGUUUUUUCUUGCGCAUCAUUGGGCAUGCUACCUUGAUUGGUGGUAUUGCAAUUAAUUAUGCAGCAGACGCAGAAUGUUUGUUGAUGGAAAUUGGCAUAGUGGCUGAUGAGACACCUCUGCCGUGGGCCAUCAUUUGCAAAAAAGUGGAGUUUAUUCCCCAUCUUUCCCUGCUUUUUCCUUUUUCCAAUUUUCACUUUCUUAUUUUCGGAUGGCAUGCUUGUCAAAAAUAGAUCAAGGUAGCUAUUAAGCCCCAGCAAGCACUCUGGUUGUCAGUUGUCAACCGAACAUCAGCAGCACUCAUCCCUCUCUAUCAUCUGUCAUUGCAACACAACCGUGAACAGGUCAUCAAAUCUGCUUAUUCCUCUGUAAAAUUUGCUAGGUUCUCUUCUGUGUAAGGUAUUCUUUUUGUACAUUGAGAUCUUGAAAAUGUUACCAAACAGAUGUUGGUUUGCUUGCAAUGCUGUGCUGGUCUGUAAAUGGGACGUUUUACGAUAAUAAGGUUUAUUUUUGUGUAAAUAUGUUUUCAGCUUUCUACAAUUCGAUAUUGUAACAAUUCUAUCACAGCAUCAUUCUAUACAA